AUGAAAGCCCUCAAAGAAGGGAUCUUUUCCUCGCCAAACGCCCUCGCCGAGGCGCUUCGGAGGGAGUUGGAGGAGUUCGGCGCCCAGCGCGUGCGGCUCGUUCACCCGCACUGCUAUCGCGACUGGGGCACCUAUUUAGACAUGGUGGAGACCGUCGGGGCGUGUAUUGAGGCUGUUCCUAAUCGCCUGUUGGCAAACCGGUCCGCGAAUCUGUUUAUCGAGCCCUCCGGGGAGAUCCACCUCCAGUCCAUCGUGGAGCCCCUCCUGGCGCCGGCGUUUACGGUGCUCGGGAGCUGCUUUCCCGGCACGACGGAGGUCAAUGUCGAUGCGGUUGCCUCGGCCGCCAUUCGCGUGGCGACCGCGGCAUUUCGAAAGCGAAUUUACGGAUACCUUUCGGUUGAUUUCGUUCUUUUUGAAAAAGAAGCGAUAAGUGGUACCGACUGUAGCGGGGAUAGCCUCUUCUCGUCCCUCUGGGCGGUGGAUGUGGAUAUUGGUCUGACCAACAACGCCGCCGCGCAUCAAGUGGCGUUGAUGCUAUCAACACGAUCUUCCCCAUUGACAACCCUGCCGCCAAUAAAGGAUAGUGAUUCCCAUCUAGAACAUAAGAAUAUCGGACUGCAUUAUAUCUAUAGUGGCUUGAUUUACAAUCCAUUUAUCUCGAGCAUUCGGCAUGAGGCCUUCUUCUCGCUUUGUCACUCAAAGGGGGUCUCGUUUGAUCGUGAAGAUCAAACAGGGAUAGUGUUUCAUUUAGUUGAUGUGCUUCUGCGCGGCUGCGUUGGGGUUAUCUCGUUAGCUAAAAACAUGAACCGUGCGCUGAAAAAAAUGACAGUUUUUCAGAAUUUGUUAAAUAUGGAGCUGCCUAAGCAAGGUGAACAUUCGGCUGACAGCAACGUUAUAUAUUUCUUAUCAAUCCAUCAGCAACUGUCUCGCAUCAAAAAUGAAUAG